CUACACAUGAGUCAGAGCAGAGCCAGCCCCCCUACUCCUGGCCGGCCGCGCCCUGGCAAAGGAAGUUUUUGAGGAGGAGGGGUGUGGGGGGAGGAGAGGGAGUCACCCACGCAUCUGCGGCUGACUCGCUCUUUCGCAAAAUCUCUGGGAGGAGCCCCGGGGCCACAAAACUGUCUCCUUCCCCAGGCCAGACUGAGAGGUGCAGGGAGGCCGCCGACAGGACCUGCUGCCACCAGACAUGGGCCGCCCGCUGCUGCUGUCGCUGCUGCUGCUGCUGUUUCAGACCUGCAUUCCAGCCUCCUGGGGCCUGCAGUGCAUGCUGUGUGGGAGGACCGGGAAGUGCCAGGUGGAAGAGUGUGCCCCGGGCCAGGACCUCUGCAGGACCACCUUCAUGCGCAUGUGGGAAGGUGACGAGCUGGAGGUGGUGGAGAGAGGCUGUGCUCACCCAGAGAAAAGCAACAGGACCAUGAGCUAUCGGACAGGCAUGAAGAUCAUCACUCUUACGGAGGCCGUGUGUGGGUCUGACUUGUGCAACCGACCCAGAGCUGGUCGGCCUCCCACCUUUCCCCGAACCCGAAGCCGUUACCUUGAAUGUGUUUCCUGCGCCUCAUCAGACCUGAGCUGUGAGAGAGGCUGGGUCCAGAGCCUGCAAUGCCGCAGCCCUGGAGAACAGUGCCUGGAGGUGGUGACCCACCGGACCCUGGAAGGCAGUCCAAGGGAUGAGCACCACACCCGCGGCUGUGGCAACCUUCCUGGCUGCCCGGGCCCCACCGGCUUCCACAACAACCACACCUUCCAUUUCCUGCAGUGCUGUAACACCACCAAAUGCAACGGGGGUCCAGUUGUGGAGCUUCAAAACCUGCCUCUGAAUGGCCUCCAGUGUUACAGCUGUGAGGGGAACAGCACCCAUGGAUGUUCCUCCGAAGAGACUUCCCUGACUGCCUGCCGUGGCCCCAUGAGUCAAUGUCUGGAAGCCACUGGCAGUAAUGGCCUGGGCAACCCAAGCUACACAGUGAGAGGCUGUGCAACCCCCUCAUGGUGCCAAAGUCUCCACGUGGCUGAAGCCUUCAGCCUGACCCAUCUCAACGUCUCCUGCUGUUCUGGAAACGGCUGUAACCAUCCAGUCCUGGAUCGCCAGCCACGCACGGGGGGUGCCCCCCGGCGUGGUCCCGCCCACCUCAGCCUCACCGUCACCCUGCUUAUAAGUGCCAGACUAUGGGGGGGCACUCUCCUCUGGACCUGAAGCCCACGCUCCCCCUGCCCUGGCUGGAUCCAGGGGAACCCUUUGCCCUUCCCUCGGCUUCCAGCGCUGCAGAUUUGCUGUGUGACCUCAGGCCAGUGUGCCGCCCUCUGUGGGUCUCAGCCAUCCCAGCUGUCAAGACACCUGUCUCACAGAGUCGUAGAACCAGAGGAGAAAAGCUGGAGAUAGGCUGCAGGCCAGCAGGAGAGGUCUUGUCAUAGUAGUAUCGUUGCACCAUCGUUGUUAUUAUUAAUUAAUAUUUGUUUUAUUUAAUAUUUUAUACUGAAAUAAAGAUUUUUAUACCAGUGAACAAGGCCCGA